AUGGAUGCCUUAUCGGAGGAAAGUAUAUGUGAAGUUAAAGAAGUAGAUUUCGGGUCUGUUCCAGUCGACACAGUUGUUGAAAAAUCAGUAUGGGUUGAAAAUACAUCCAAUGAACCGCUGACCUACCGCGUUGCCCUAAUCUACGUCAUAAACACCGUUGACCAAGUAUUCAAACUAUCGGUGACGUCUGCUCCAGUCAAGCCGCGGGAAAGCGUUGAGGUUCUAGCUCGCUUCCGGCCCAAAGUCCCGGGACAGUCUUACACGGACUAUUAUAUGGUCGAUGAUACGGCUGGUAACACUUACAGGUUCACCGUCUUUGGGAAGUCCAUUGGUCCAGAUGUAACGCUGAGUGAAAAGAAGCUUACCUUUAAAAUAUGUAAAAGUGUUCUGGAGCAAAGGAAGGCAGUGGUGAAUAUUAUCAACAGAUCCGCUGUAGAAACUACUUAUCAAUGGCUUUUGCCCUUAUCUGGACAAGGAUAUUUCCAGAUAUCCACAGGUAACUGUGGAUUGAUAAGAGCAUACGAAACUAUCAAGACUACUGUGUUGUUUAGCGGAAUUGCUCUUGGAGUUUACACAGCUGAGCUAGCCUUGCUGGUCUUACAUCAGGCUCCACAAUUUCUUAACAUGAUAGCAACCAUCUUUUUACCCGGCAAUCCAAUGUUCAGUAUGACCAACCACGUCGUCGAAAAGAAUAUCAAACGCAAAAACCGCUUCUCUCAUUUGAUGGAAAACAGUCUCAAUCGCUUGAGCUACGUUCCUUUAGCAUCAGUGUACGAUAAAUACCUGGAUUUUGGAGUCGGAAGUGUGUCGGAUGUCACGAGGAACAUAUCGCAGACGCUGUGUGUCACGAAUCACGAAGAGCAGGAUGGCUAUAUACAGUGGAUCCCAGAUCCUGACAAUAUCUUCUUAAUAGACCCAAUUGAGUCAAUAGUACCCGCAGAAGAAUCAAGAUUGUUUACUGUCAGGUUUAGGCCCAAAGAGGAGGCAGAAGUUUAUGGCUAUCUUAUGUGCGGCAAUUUCCAGUACGAGAGCUAUGACAAAGAUCUUGAAGAGGUGAAAAUCAAACACACGUGGUUUAGAAUACCUUGCAUUGGCAACACGUGGUCUCAUUGCACCGAUUGGGCUACAGAAUGGGAUUGUCCGUCGGAACUGAUUCUACCGCCCACUAUCCCACACCGAACCACUUAUGGCAACUUUAUGUUGUCAAAUAGACUCGAAACUGCUAUGUAUUUCAAAUUUGAAGCUCCGGAGGGAACGAACUUUGUGGUAAUGCCAAUGUGCGGAGUAGUGCAAGGACGAGGAUGGCAGAUAAUAACAGUAGCCAUGGAACCUAAGACCCUAGGAAACUUCUACGAAACAUGGGACUUGAGGAUCAACAAGAAUCACAAGGCUUACAUACGACUGACUGGAAGCGCUGAGAGUAGUGAGAUAGAACUGAUGUCCCACGGAUACAACCCGGACACUCAUGCGCUGUACGAGUUUCCACCCACCAUUACUGGGUGUACUAACUACAGCACGGCGUAUCUCCACAACGUGACUAGGAUGAGUAUACACAUAAGAAUAUUAAACUCCGUACCAUGGCUCGGUGCGGACGACUGCGGGUCAUUCGUGAUACCUCCCAAGCAGAUCCUGUGCUACCACUGGUGGUUCUUCCCGAAAGAGGCCAACAAAGUCUACAAGACUACCAUCACGUGCUCAUGCGUCGUCGUCAUAAAUGGCAGACCCAUCGGCGAGCCAAAGGAAAUAUUCAUCCAAAUUAUGGGAUUUUCAGAACUACCCGAUUUAAGAGUAUUACCCAAAUUAAACAAUCUUCACGAUAUAGUGGUCAAAGAGCGUGUUUCGAAAACGAUCACCAUUUACAACUAUUGUUCUUGUUUUUUUACGUCAAAGUUAUACUACACCAUCGAUGGUAUGGACGACGAUUGGAGUGGUGAUAGGAUGGAAAUCGACUCAGAAAUUAACAGCCUGAAACCAUCCAACCACUGCGAAGUCAAGUUGACGGUGACACCCGAUGGCGCCGGACCGCGGCAGAUCAGCAUUUCUUACACGGUGCUGUACCGCAACGAGUUCGACCAGAUCGAGGAGAUCCAGCCUAUAACCAAGACUAUAUGCAUCGUUUGGUACGACGGAAUAUAUCCUAGCAUCAAGGUAAAGAGAACGAUAUCUGUAAAAUGUCCAGUGAUAUUGAGCAAUCAUUGCGUUUGGAAUAUUACUAAUGUGGAUGAAUUCAAUAAAGCUUUAAUGGACUGUCGACCAAACGAGCCUCUGACCGUGAACCUACACGCUCCCGACCUUUGCGUGCGAGCCGGCGAUGUAGAGCUCAUCCUCGUGAUUGGCUGUGUCUAUAAUGUACCGGUGGCUUGGAGCCUACGGAGGGAGAAGAUAUGCGACUGCGCUAUGAUCGAGGUCCAGAAGGGAAUAUCUACGUACGAGUGGCGACAUAAUUGCGUGCAUCGGUCUUUGGUUGAGUUGUCGCCUUCGAAUGGAAUUGUCUCGACCGGCAAUCCUGCGCUGUUACAUCUCAAGUUUAAUUACACAUUCGAAGGCCUGAACACGCUAUGUUACGUGCUAACACUGCCGAAUCAGAGGUCAUUGUAUCUAUACAUCCACGUUUUUGCCAAUGUUAUUACUAAGGGGAUACUGACUCCUUUAAGGAGACCUAAGGUAGACACGGGCGAUUACUUGGCUGUGCUGGAAUGUGGGAAAGUUCCGAUAAAUAAUUUGGAUCCGGUUAUUAGAAUCAUAUGGUUCUACAACCCCACUGAGGUGUUCACAACGUGGAGGCUCCUUCGAGGAAACACGACAAGCCAAGACUCAAUUAUCAAGUGUCUGCUUUACUUCGCCGAAGUCCCGCCUUUGGGAAAACUGGCGAUCCCGUUCGCAUUUAUGCCUACAGAAAUGGUGGACUAUGAAGCCACUUUUUCCUGCUCGUUUGGGUAUGAUACGAUUAAAAUAUUAGUCAAAGGGCAGGGUGGUCUCCCUAACUGCGUGGAGACAAGACUUGACAUACCAUUGUACGUUGAAAAAUGUAUCAGGGCUGCGUACAGAAAAGAUGUUGUAUAUUUGUCUAUGGAACACCGGACCAUUCCAAUAAUGCCUACACAUUCAUUAACCAGAGACACGCUAGCGAUCUGUAACGACACAGACCACGUAAUACGAUUUAUAUGGCUACCAGAAAGAAUUGCAAACAUAGUAAACGUGGUGAUGACUCCGUGUUGGGGAGUGAUUCAACCAAAGAGUUCCGAGUGGAUUACUAUGACGGUUUAUACCUUGCAAGAGCCUGCUACAUUCACCACAACAGUGGCGUGUGAAUUAUUAGAUUUAACCGAACGCCGACGCUACCAACAAAAUGAGAUGUUGCGGAAAACUAAAACGGAAAAGUGUAAUCAAGAAUUCAUAAUUACCGAAGAAGGAUAUUUUAAACCUGGCAUUAACGACGAGCCACCAUACGUGUUGGACAUAGAGAAGCCACAACCGUUCUACUUAUCGCUGACUAUAUCGAUAUCGUCUAAAGGACAACGCGAUGGGUUCCCACGGAUGCUUUUGAAACAACAGUGGGAGCAGACGCCACCCUACGAUUUACUGACAUCGGAACUCAGCGACUACUAUCAAAAAGGGAAUACCGGCAACGGGCUCACUACACUGGAUAUUCUCAGAAUUAUAGACGGGAUACUAUGGGAUGCUCUACAUAGCAAAAUGUUUAGGAACCAAAUUGAGUACUAUGCCAAAGAAGACAUACCAACAUAUUCCCAUUUGAUUAACGCUAUAGAAUGCAAGGCGAAAACGAAUUUAAGCAGACGAGUAACGUCGGGAAUUUGCGAUGCCAUCGUGAACAAAGCCAUCUACCACGUCUACAACCUUAACCCGAAGCACGAAAUAUCCAUCUUCGAAGCUGAAUAAUUGAAUUUUCUAACCUUUGACUGCCAAAGAUCCCAAA